GGAAGUGCAGUGCAUGGGGAAGGGGAGAUCGAAAUGAGAAAUAAUAACAACCACUAAUAACAAUAAUAAUAAUUAAGGUCACUUAUCGCUAUCAGCCCACCUGUACCGGUGCACAUCUGGAUAUCUGAAGAAUAUGACCGCAGGAACCAGUCCUGAGGAGGGGAAUGUAUCUGUGGUUGUCCGUGUAAGGCCCCCAAACUCUCGAGAACAGGAAGGGAAUCAAUCCUCUGUGGUACAAGUGGUGGAUGAUAGUAUUUUGAUUUUUGACCCAGAUGAGACAGACACAUCUGGGGUGUUUUCCAGCUUGAAGGGAUAUGAUGGGGUGAAACGCAAAGCGAAAGACUUGAAGUUCAUAUUUGAUCGAGUAUAUGGGGAGAAUGCCACUCAGCAGGAUGUUUUUGAGCAUACUACCAAGGAGAUCCUGGACGGAGUCCUAAAUGGCUACAACUGCUCUGUAUUUGCCUAUGGAGCAACAGGAGCAGGAAAGACUCACACAAUGCUGGGUACCGCAGCUGAUCCUGGUGUUAUGUAUCUCACGAUGGUGGAGCUUUAUCGGAGAAUCGAGGCAAUUCAAGAGGAGAAGCAGUGUGAGGUUCUCAUCUCAUACCUGGAGGUAUAUAAUGAACAGAUCCAGGAUCUUCUGGCUCCCAAAGGAACCUUGGCCAUCAGAGAGGAUCCCCAGAAGGGAGUUGUGAUUCAGGGUCUCUCUUUCCAUCAACCCAAAUCUGCUGAUCAGUUGCUACAGAUGUUGGCCAGUGGUAACCUUAAUCGAACCCAACAUCCAACUGAUGCCAAUGCUUCUUCCUCUAGAUCGCAUGCUGUUUUUCAGAUCUAUGUCAAACAGCAAGACCGUACGGCCAGUAUUAACCAAGAUGUCCGGGUUGCAAAGAUGAGCCUCAUUGACCUGGCUGGCUCAGAACGUGCUUCCACCACUAAUGCAAAGGGCGAGCGUCUACGGGAGGGAGCCAACAUUAACCGUUCUCUUCUGGCUCUCAUCAAUGUCAUCAAUGCACUUGCCGACGCCAAGAGCAGGAAGGCUCAUAUCCCAUAUCGAGACAGUAAACUGACCCGGCUUCUGAAGGACUCCAUUGGUGGCAACUGCCGAACAGUCAUGAUUGCUGCCGUAAGCCCAUCUUCUCUCAGUUAUGAUGAUACCUACAACACACUCAAGUAUGCAAAUCGUGCCAAGGAGAUCAAACUGUCGUUGAAGAGUAAUGUAAUCAGCCUGGAUUGCCAUAUCAGCAAAUAUGCCAUAGUUUGUGAAGAGCUUAAAGCCGAGGUUGCAGAGCUAAAGGAGAAGCUUCGGUUAUACAAAAUGAAGGAAGUCUGUCCUGGACAGACUGAUGAUCUCUCUGAAGAUAAGAGUCUAGAACACAAAAGGUCCUUCAGGAUAGAGGGGCCCACGUGUACAUCCAGCCCUGAACAAGGAUUCAUAACUGGCACACAGGCACCAGCAGGGCGGUCUUCCCAACGGCUCAACCAAAAGCUUAUCAAACUGUGGCUCAAGGACAAAGAAGAUCAGGAGUCAAGGAGCAGCAGCUUUGCGGGAGAGGAAGAAAAGGCAUCACUAUGCAUGUCUUCCGAGUCGGCAACUUCUGAUCACGAGAGGUUGGUCAAGGCCCUGUUAAGUAUGGUCCGAAAGCAACAUGACAUCCUUAAAGGUGCUGAUCUUCUCACCGCUGACUUGGACACUGAAAUGCAAGAACUGGAACAUCUGGUAUUAGGAGGUUCGAGUGUGGAUUCAAUGGAAUCUUUAGAGAGUGAGCAGAAGACCGAAGUUUGUGAAUCAGAUGCCAGCAAGCACCUUGAGGAAAAGGGCUUACAGUUGCCGUCCAUCGAUGAUGCUGAAGUCGACAAACAAGAGGUGGUUGUUGACCAAGCUCCACCUGCUAGGAAAAGGAAUCCAGUGAAACGCAGCAGACGAGAGAUUCUUCCAGAUGCAAGUCCAUCGCUUAAAAGUCCAAUGGUUCCAAUAAAGAGAAGAAGGCAAGCAGAGUCAUGCACCCCAUCGAAAGCCAAGGGGCCCCCUGUACCUAGCACCCCAGAGGUGCGGGUGAAGAGGCCAAGAAAAUCUUCAAUCCCAAGUAGAAGCCGGAUAACCCUUAGAUCCAGUACCCAAAUGUUUUCUUAUAAAUCUAAUGAACCCUCUAUUGGCCAACCCUUGAAACAGACUUCUGUUUGCACUCCAAAACACAUUAUGCAAGUAAAACCAGAUGUGUCCUCACGUACUGUCACUAAAGCACGUAUGCCUCUGGGCACAUCUGCUGCUCAGAACUGUGCCUCUGUCCCUCCUGUGGCCUUGUCUGUUAGAGACCUGAAUACUACGUUUGAUUUGUCAGAUGAGAUAUGCUCAGCACCAAUCCUGGACAAAACCAUGUCCUUUGGACCCUCUGAGUUUUCUGGCUGGGAGAAUGUGGAUUCUCGGAAUGUAGACAGCACGUUCGGCAAAAGCUCUGACGUGGCUGUGUUUACCAUGAAUGGUCUCUCUGUAAAGCACUCCAUUUCUGCUCAACUUGCAUCAGCCACAAAGUCCUACGCCCACCGGAAAAGGCGCUCAAGCAGCUCAUCCUCAUUGCGUCUAGGGAGUGCAGCAGUUACUCAUGGCCGUACAUCAAGAUUAACACUUGGAACAGUUAAAAAGCCUCAAAGGCCACCUACCAUAGCAGAGAGUUGCAGCCCUCGGGGACAAAGCGGCAAGAAGGCAGGAAAAGGGUCGGUUGCUUUUGGUAGAACCAUGUCCACGAUUCCGGGGAAUCGAUUCAUGCAGUUUGCAGCAGUAAAGUCAUAAAUAAAAUGCGGUUUGUUGGACUUAUUAACACAGAAGACAAUUCAGCUUGUUUACCGUUUCUGGUAAAACCCCCCUCCUACACAACCUGAUGAAAUCCACUUCUGAGAUUAUUUAUAAUUCAGAUUGUACACCAGGAACAAAUCAUCACAGCCUUCAUUGGCGGGCUCUGCAGGACCCUUCCAGAUUUCUUAUACUGACCUUCAUUUUAAUAUUUUAAUGUCCCUUCAUGUAUUAUAUAAUCCAUGAAAGUAUUUAUUUGUACAUUAUUACAAUGUUGGUUCUCCCAUCCUGUCGCAGAUCCUUGUGUUUUAAAAACCUCUUACAUUUUUAUUCCCUAAAAUCCGUCCGACACUUGCGCUCCCCCUGUGGCCACGCAGCCCUUAGUGACCUGAUUUACUUUUCUCAAGUUCAGUCAUUUCAAAAAUAAAAACCCUGUUGCGUAAAUAAGCAACAAUAAAAAAAAUGAUAUCCCUGGGAUUAGUAAAGCCAAUUGUAAUUUGCUUCAUUGCUCGGGAAUUAUGAGUCUAAGCAAUAUUCCACGUUUUCAGGUUUACACUGCUCAUGUUUUUAUGUUUGGAUGUCUCUGAUGCUGGGAUUAAACUACAUGCUUGGUAGGGCUGUGUGCAUGCAUACAAUGAACGUGCAGAAUGUUAGUGUUGUGCACACAGCUAUCAAUGCCAUCAGCAUGGAAGCAAAUUAAAAAAACAACGGUCACCUCCAAACUAGUUUUAAUAUAAUAAACAUUUCAUCUAGUUUUGAAAGGAAAUGGAUGUUUUGUUAUUUUUAAAUAAAGUAUAUGUAACAAAAAUUAGAAACUCAUCACUACCUUUUAGGAUAUGAUGG